AUGUGUCAAAAGAGCUCUGUCUUCGUGGAGGAAACCAGCCUGGACCUGCCCUGCCCUGAACGCUCUUCUCAGCUGGUGGAUGGCAGUGCCCAUGACUCUGAAUAUUCUCGGUCCUUUCCCUAUGGGCGAUUCCAGCCUGCUGAGUCGGGCUCCUUCCUCUGUGGCGUGGCCUCAUCUGACCCCUCUCGGCUGCCAGAGACCAUCAGCGAUGCCUUGUCCUAUGAGAACAUCUCUACACGGCCGCAGUAUGGGACGGUGGAGAGGGCCUGGGUGGCCCUCAUGGCCGAGGCGGAGCGAGUGAGCGAGCUGCACCUGGAGGUGAAGGCCUCGCUGAUGAACGAGGACUUCGAGAAGAUCAAGAACUGGCAGAAGGAGGCCUUCCACAAGCAGAUGAUGGGCGGCUUCAAGGAGACCAAGGAGGCUGACGACGGCUUCCGGAAGGCACAGAAGCCCUGGGCCAAGAAGCUAAAAGAGAGCCACCAUGAGCUGCUGGCUCCUGCCUGGGUGACGGUCCUCAACGCUGAGGGCACCCGACACAGGCUUACAGUGCACACCUGCAUGUUGGCCUCAUGCUUCACAGGAGGCUUUGCUGCCUUGGCGCCUCACAGUCGAGACGCAGGACAGUCCAGAGCCCUCGAGGUCCUCCCCCUCUUUAGUCACCGUGAGCAUCGGCUAACAGAUGCCAGUUUAGAUGCAGUUUGCCAGGUUGCCACCUUAAAGAGCCAGCAGCCCCGCUGUGCCGGGGGCUGUGUGGCCGUUAACGUUGGUGGCACCCGUGUUCUGUUGCAGACCAAAGAGAAGUAUGAGAAGUCGCUGAAGGAGCUGGACCAGAGCACCCCGCAGUACAUGGAGAACAUGGAGCAGGUGUUCGAGCAGUGCCAGCAGUCGGAGGAGAAGCGCCUGCGCUUCUUCCGGGAGGUUCUGCUGGACGUCCAGAAGCACCUGGACCUGUCCACCGUGGCCAGCUACAAAAACAUCUACCGUGAUGUGGAACAGACCAUCAAAGCUGCAGACGCGGUGGAGGACCUGAGGUGGUUCAGAGCCAAUCACGGGCCCGGCAUGUCCAUGAACUGGCCACAGUUUGAGGACGAAGAGUGGUCCGCAGACCUGAAUCGGACCCUCAGCCGGAGAGAGAAGAAGAAGGUGGCCGAUGGCAUUACGCUGACAGGCAUCAACCAGACGGGCGACCAGCCUCUGCAGAACAAGCACAGCAGCAGCCUUAGCGUCCCGAGCAACCCCUCGCAGUCACAGUCCAGCCACAACCCCUUCGAGGACGAGGACGACACAGGGAGCACCGUCAGUGAGAAGGAGAGCAUUAAGCCCAAAAACGUGAGCAGCUACGAGAAGACCCAGACCUAUGCCGCGGACUGGUCAGAUGACGAGUCGAACAACCCCUUCUCCUCCACGGAUGCCAAUGAGGACUCCAACCCAUUUGACGAGGACACCACCUCGGGGACGGAGGUGCGGGUCCGGGCCCUGUACGACUACGAGGGACAGGAGCAUGACGAGCUGAGCUUCAAAGCUGGGGACGAGCUGACCAAGAUGGAGGAUGAGGAUGAGCAGGGCUGGUGCAAAGGGCGCUUGGACAGUGGGCAGGUCGGCCUGUACCCAGCGAACUACGUCGAGGCGAUCCAGUGA